UCAUUGUGACAAUAAGCACGCACGCAUCAUGAUUUAAUUACUGUUUGGACUUAAACCAAUAUCAAUCAAAUAUUUCCAAUAUCAAAAUGAAGUUACACAGAUCCAUACUGACAGCACUAAAAUUAUACUCUCGUUUUGAAUAUAUCAGCAGAUAAAGCUUGAAUGUGUGUAUGUGUGUUCUAUCAUCUAUCAAGAAUCUGGCAGAUCGUCGUCAGACUACUUUCCGAUUAUCAUAUGAAGUAUGUAGAGUGUUCAUAUAGAAAACAGUUUGUUUUCGCGUACAAGAGGGCUUGUGUUGUCGGUGAAGUUUAUCGAGUCGGAAGGCACGGCCUUGGUCUCCCAUGGUUACUCAUCGACCGAUCGCCGGCAUGCCCGCAGGUCUACAGUUCACCGAUCCCCAAAGUCCCCGCACGGAAGGCCAACGAACAAUAGACGUAUUGCUCGACGGUUACGGAGGUCGGGACGAGAAUUUUUCGCUGGAUAUCAAUCGCUUGCGUCAGAAGCAUGCAGAUUUGCGUCAUGCAGAAUCGGUAUUAACAAAGGUAGCUGGAGGAAGGUUUUAAAAAUGUAAUAAAAUAUUUAUAUUCGUUUCUUGUGUAAAACAAAGCCAUUAUAAAAAUUGAGAAACUAGUUGUUUUUUUGCGAAAUCAAGCAGUUGCAGAUCCAACCGGGUGGCCUGUCAAGAGAGAACGCCGCAUUGCUCCUGCGCAUCUAUAAGGCGAUUGCAUCUCGCGACUUGGCUCACGACAUGAAUCACGACAUCCCGUUCGCCGAGCAACGACGACGUGUGCCGCCGCCGCUCCAGUUGCGAGUUUUUUUUUUUUACGGCGUUGAUACGACGCCGUGUAACACAAAUACGCCGCCAGCCAGAAAUACCGGUGCUCGCGGAAACGCGCGCGUUGAAGUCUCUCGAGUUUGUGGAUGAGUCACACUCGGGCCGGACGGUUUUUUGCGGCCCGAGACGGGCCUCGCGGACGUCGCUUCCUGCGCGGCCGAGCUGCUCAUGGUGCAUGCAAGCGUGGUACCGAACGGACGACUCCGAAUACAAGCCGAGGGGCCGCGAAUGCGAAUCGUUUGGAUAUGUUUGAAAGCACUUUGGCAUUUAUUUUAGACCGCGUUACGAGUUUCAUUACCGAGCACGUCAGAUCGACACCCUCGCGAUUUAGAGCGGCGCACAAGUUUCCAGAUGUGGAUUUUAAUCGCGCGACGAGGGAGAUUAAAUAUAGGCGGCUUACGCGCGACUCUACGACCUGCGGCCUUGUCUGCUCGAGCCUGAACGCUACGACCGUUAUAUUUGCUUAAACGCUAUCGAAUGUACACACUAUCUAUUUGCCCGCGACGGGCAAUGAGUCACAGAUCCGUGACGCUGACGGCGACACGGUGCGCCAAUCGGCGCUGCGUCUGCAAUUUGCAAAAUGCCGUGUGCCGCACGCGAGCAAGGGAUAAUUGCAUACGGUUGCGUCUUUUUAACCGGCGGUUUAAUGCCGUUGCCAAGUUGGAGACGAUCCCCCGGAGGAGUCGUGACUCACGACUCCUGUCCAAUUCCCAAUCCUCCGUUCUUGCGACACGUCGAUAACGGAUGGCAUCGACGAUAUAGGAACGGCGCAUCCCGCGAAAUAAAAAUUCAGCAGAGAUUGCGACCAUAUAUCACCGCGAGGAGGCCGCGACUGGCACGAAUACGUAACUAUCUUCGAUUUAGUCGAGUCUGGUGGCCUCGUGCCUUUCGUGUCUACGCGUCAUAAGCAUACAUGUAUCAGUCCUAUAAUAUAUUAAAAUAUUUUCAACUGCA